UAUACGGUCGAAGGAACAAUAAAAUUUUCAUUACUCUUAAUAAACAAUUAACUAUUAAUUAAGACAAUUCAAUCAUCUACUUCAAAUAACUAAUACAAGUCUAAAUAGAAGUUUUAAUUACUAUUAAUUAUUUUAUUGAAAUAAAACCAGUAACUGUCAUGAAGAAGCGCUAAAUGCUGACAUCUGUCGUCUGCUUUGGUGACAUGGUCCUGUCUGUUGCAGCUGUUGCAGAAAAUUAUAUUUCUUCUCAAAGGUUCACGUCCGUAAUGUGUGAACAGCCGCCUCUUCGCUCCUCCCCUCAAAUAAUUAGACUGGCUCCAACUUACUAUCUUAUUUUGUGCACCUAUCCCACCUGCAAUCUCUUAACUAAGCUGGAGAAAUAAAGGGACGCUCGCUUAAUUCAUAUUUGGAGUCAGAUGUGGGCGGUUCUAACUCUGUUUCUGACAUCGCCUCAAUAAAGUGAGACACUUCCAACUGCCAGUCCUUCGUGGUGAUGCUCGCUCUUUGUCGAGGUCACGUGUUCUGCCUACUUACAGUCUUCUGGGACCGGAUGCACGGAAUGUCAGUGAGCGGUGGACGUGCGGCAAUAACAAAGCAUCUUGACCUCUCACAAUAGACUGACCUCGACAAGUCUUGUGCAACAGCGAGCGGUCUUCGUCUUAAAAUUUAAGAUGGCUGCCCUUCCCUGUAACCCCUUGGUUAGCCGCGACUCGCUACUUACGCAUGCGCACACGGCAGUUUUCCAAGAUGGCGAUUCAUCCUGUUGCUUACCGAAUCAUCGUGCGUCGGCAAUUGAGACGAGACAGAAUCUUCGGGGAUAGAUCUAAUCCUUUUGAAGUAUAUCAUGAUGUCGAUGUGUAUGAUAGGUUUCGAUUCCGUCUAGCCAUGGACGUGUAUAGGUGUGAUGUCUGUAUGCCGAGACUCACUGUCGGCCUCUUUCGAAGUGAUCCGCUGUUAGUCUCGGCGAACCUAAAGGCCGGUCGUACUUCCGGAAGAGCAGCGCGAAAACAUCGACAAAGCUACAAUCAGCCGCAUAUUAAUCAGAGUGUCUGCUGCCUUUGCAAGGCACCUAAACGAAUAUGUGUGUCUGCCAGCUGCAUUGACUGCACCCAUAUACCUAUUCGUCGGCCAUCUGAAAAUGAACAGAUAUUUGUGAAUAGGAAGGGUCAGCAUACCAUUAAUGUACAAUUAAUGUGUGAUGCGGACCUCAUCAUUCGCCAUUGUGUCGUAAACUGGCCUGGUUCAGUCCAUGAUGCCCGUAUACUAAGGGAGAGCUCCCUUUUCAAAGCUAUGGAGAGAAAUCCUCGCCCCCUGUCUGGGAUAAUUCUGGGAGACAGUGGCUACCCACUAAGGGAUUGGCUAAUCACCCACCCCCUUCCUAAAUGCAGACACCAGAACCAAGGAAAGGUUCAACCGCUCACACUGCUCAACAAGGAGCACCAUUGAGAGAGCCAAUGGUGUUUUUAAGACACGGUUUCAUUGCCUUCAGGCACAACUAAGAUACACCCUUGUCCCGAUCUGAAUGACAACUCUGAUCAGGCCUCUGAUGAGGAUUCAAAUAAUGAUAGAGAGGGUGGCCCAUUCCAGGAUGCAGCACUGCCAGGAAGACACGCACGUGAUAGAAUUGUUGCACGGUUCUUCCUAAGAUGACCAAGUAGACUGGUAGAAUUCUGCCUGGCUGGUCCAUCACCAGGUGUGUUUGAACUACUGGCUUUCAAUGGUGUACAUUGCUGCACAAAAAAUUAACUAUUUUUAUGAACAAUUGAUCCACAACACUACUUUCUGGGAGCACUGAGUACUUACCAUCGAAUUAGGUUAUGUAAAGGUAUUGUUUGAAUUACUUUUCUGUGUGCAGCUUGUUGCUAUACAAAUAAAUUAUGUUGCUCGUUAUUCUUUGUGUUGCCAAGUAAAAAAAAAACCCAAUAAUUUUGAU